UCAGAUUCACAAUACUUGGGAAAGAUGAAUUACAGUGGAUCAAUCCAGUACUUGGAGCAUGUUGUUGUCCGAAUAUCUGUUGAGGCGUUAGGGCAUUUCGAAAGAGGAGAUAUACAUAUUGAACUCAUAUCACCAUCUGGAACAUCAUCAGUUCUCCUUAAGCAACGGCUAUUGGAUCGUGCCGCAAGAAAUGGCGGUGAAACAGCAUAUGUAGACUGGCCUUUUAUGUCAGUUAUGUUCUGGGGAGAAGAUCCUGCUGGACAGUGGACCCUCAACAUAACUAAUAUAUACUAUUUCCUUGAUGGUGUUGUCAAUGUUAGUAAGGUGGAGUUUGAGUUCUACGGAGUGUCCCAAGUGCCAGAGGCAGUGGCAAACAUUCCUGACCAGUGUCACUCUGACUGCAGAAGAGGGUGUGCUAGAGAGGGCUCCAACUUCUGUGACUCAUGUGUCAACCUCCGCAAUGCCUACACUCUGGAGUGUAUCAAUGAGUGUCCUCCAGGCUACACCCAGCGUAAUGGCUACUGCUAUGAUGCAAGUUUACCAGUCAAGGAAUGCAACUCUCCCCUCAAGAGCAAAGAGGGUACAGGGUUCACUCCAGAAUAUGAGGAAAGUACCACCUGUGCUGCGUCAGGAUACACUGAAUGCUGUAGACCUGGAGAGGAUGAUAAAAGAGAUUGUUCCCAAUUUCACCCUCGCAAUUGUUUUUGUGAUGAUGUAUGCUUCCAAUUUGGGGACUGCUGCAAGGACGCUGCUGCUAUUGGCUGUGAACUAGAAGAUCCCAAAGUAUUCUUCCUUUACAUUGAUCUUGGAGUGACACCUGGAGUUGAAACACAUCCUGCUGUAGAACCUGUAGAAAUCCUCUUUCCUUUUUUAUUUUCGAUUUACUCCAAUAUCACUGUGACAUUGACUGGCAGGUUCAGUUUUACGGAACCACCAGAAGAUUUUGUUGGGAUAUCAGUUUUCGAAGGCGAUUACUUCAGCGGUUCUGUUUCGUAUGAGGUUCACCAAGGACCCCGAUCUAAAAGUAUUUUCUCUGUUGUAAAUGCAGUGAUCAACGCAGAGUACGAAACUGACUUUGAUGGCAGUUGGCUGCUUGUUGCCACUUGGGAAAAUAUGACACAAAGUUACGGA